AUGACCUACAGAACGUUCGAAACGGAAGAAUUUGAAACACCUGGACCUUCUCACUAUGGUUCAGACUGCAGCAAACAUUGUAACUCAACACCAGAAUAUUCCUGUCGCCGAAGGUGUCGUCCAAGUUUUCCUGCCAUACUAAACUAUCCAGAAUACGGAUUAAUGAAGAAUAAACGUGUUGGACCAGACAGUUAUGAUGCAGAAAAAGGUUUUCACAACAACAGCUCGCCCGCGUUUUCGAUUGGAAAGCGGCAUUCGUGUUUGAAAAAUGAAAAUCCUGGUCCCAGUCACUAUACCAUCAAUUCACCAUGUAAACCUGAUGCUCCUACAGCACCAACAUUCACAAUGGGAAUCGUUACAAACAAAGUCACUAACAGAUCUGAUCCAGGACCUGCUGCUUACUACCCAAAAACCAACACGCCAGCUAAAGGAUGCAGCAUGGGGAGCAGACAAAAACCCCAAAAAGUUAACAAGACUCCAGCCCCAAAUGCUUACAAUGUGAUCAAAGGUCAGACUAGUAAAGGAAUUAACAAUGGUUGUUCUGUGUCGUUUAAGUCAAGAGCAAGCCCAUACGUCUACUCGGGAUUUACAAAUCUUUCCAGAAUCACAACAUAA